AUGGAUCUGGGGCCAGCAGAUGAAUAUUGGUUGGGUGAGUUCGUUGGGGACGAUGAAGAUUGGGUGUCUAAGUCUUUGCAAAACCUCGACAUCGUCGACGAAGAAAGUGAUGACAUCGGGGAACCGCCCACGCCUGCGGAAAAUACCACGAGCACAGACAUUUCCUCUAUUCCGACUUCGAUCGCAUCCUCAACGGUAGGACAACAACGCCUUUCAAUUCCGGAAAAUGCAGAAAGAAUUCCCUUUAAUCAGAAGUGGAAUGUUCUCAAACCUGAAAUUGAGCGACUAUACAUCACCGAGAAUGUUCCCCUCCGCGACCUUGUUAGGAUUAUGAAGGAGAAGCACGGUUUCGAUGCUGUCGAACAUCAAUACAAGAAUCACUUCAAAAAGUGGUGGGGCCCAAGAAAAAACAUACGUUCCACGGACAAAAGAGAGCUCGUUCACAUUGGCCGAGAUAGGGCAAAACUUGGGAAGGGUAUGCUGGCCACAUACAAAGGGAGACCAGUCGAAUCACGGAAACUUCAACGGGAGGCUAAAGGAAUGGUGAAGGGCCUAAAGAUUGCUGGCCAUGCCAAAUUGUCGCUCCUACCAAGCUUUUUCGCGUCAACUAACGGAAUACUCUUAAAAUGGAAUAUUCCUCGGGGUUUUCUACCCCUGCAACAUUUCGAUCGUGCCAACAGCCCCUCGUCGUUGGGAGCACAAAUUUCCGUGCCCAAAGACUUUCAUAUCCACACUCCUCCAGAAUUAGUAGAUCCCCUACACGAAGUAUCAUUGCCGGUUCAACUAUCUGCUGCCCUGGCGUCCAUUGGUGUUAUGGAGCGAGCCAGCAUGUUUCUGCAAGGAAGACACAAUGAACUUCUAAAAUCGAUGAAUAAGACGGAAGCAAGUACUAUGUCAAUUUGGCUUUAUGGAUUCUGGCUCUUUGGCUUUACUACAGCGAAGAACUGGGGACGUGGGCCACAAACCCGGAAUGCGACCAACUUGAGAUUCCCUGACCGGAAGUCAUCUUCUAUAGAUUCAGCUGCAAGAUUACCAGGCCCACCGGAAUCAGGAACACAAGGUCAGAGUACAAAUUUUCCAGAGAGCCACGACGUUGGGUCCACUGAUGUUGCAGACCCCUUUCAGUUCUGUCGCUGGAGUGUUCAUACGGAGUACUGCACUGCUAGCGAUUCCCACUAUAUGUCAGAGAGUUCAUCUAAAAGCGAAUUUGAUGGAGGUGGCUGGCAAGAGUCACAGAAGGCUCCUACUUUCGAAGAGAGACUGAAAGAAACUCUUGAGAGUAACGAUUUCAGUAGUAUAAACUUGAGCCAGGUGCCGCUGUCAGUACCCGCUAUUGUCAAAGCGGUCAAGAGUUCCCCAAACGAACUACUCGAGGAAGCAAUUGGAUUCAGUAUCAUGGGUCGCAACGCCUCUCUUCUUUAUGAUCUUCUUCAGAAGGCGAGGGAAGCAAAUCUCGUCACUUCAAACCUGUAUCCCUUUCACCUUGCAACAAGCUAUCUUGACGGCUCCAAAACUUGCUGUCUUAUAGUCGCCAUUCUAUUUAUACACUCACCAGGUCAAUGGCGUUGGGACAAGGAGGCUGAUAGCAAUGAUCUUGGUCAUACUCUCCUGGACACCCUCAUGAUCACAAUUCUUAGAAACCACACAUCUACUUCGCCCGGUACGGUAGACCACGCUCUGGAGAGGAACCAUACAUUUCCUGGACAGGAGACCGACAUAUGCGGACGCUGGGAUGCAGACUCUCCGUGCUAUCAACAGUUACUACUGAGCGGCAAGUCUGCUAUUCCAUCAAAGUGGAAGCACAACUUCUGCCACACCUCGGCUCAAGCUGUAUGUCAUUGCAUUACGGAGAUAGAUAACUUGGGGAUUAAGCUCGGAGCGCCGAGUGGUCUCUUUCUUAACCACUGCUCUUACUGUGGCGCUAAAUUGCAGCUCUCAUCGUUACAUUCACUUGUAAUGACGUCCUUCUAUCUUGCGACAGCUACCCACGAGGAUGAGGAUCUUUUCGGAGCGAUUUCUUGUUUGCUCAAACUUCUAACGUGCGAAAUCGAUCCUCGCCAGACCUCAAAUAUAUCUCUGCCUAUGUUGCUUGGUGUUGCGGAAAGAGACACCUGCAGCCACCAAGAUUUACCCCUGCUGAGUUUGCUGAAGGCCUCCUACGGGAGUCCGGAGACGCGUGGCCUGAAAUUACGAAGACUGGCUGGAAGAUCUUGUGCCACAUACUUCGGCUCGCAAAAGAAAUACACGAUGGCUUUCCUCUUGACUUCGACAAUCAAAACGAAUCUAAGGAUUUCACAGGAAGAAGAUCCUCCGACGAAGGGGAGGAUAGUAGGACUGACCCUGGAUUUUCACUCAGCUGCACUCACCAUGAGGACUUCAGACCGGAAAAAGUCUUCCGGAAAGAUAAAACGCUUGGCCAUUUAUGGGCGGCUGCGCAAACAGAGCUACUGA